AUGUCUGCAGACACCGCUACCAACCCUCCAGUUGACACAGUUCCAGGUGCUGCACCUGAGUCUGCCACGAACGGCACUGAUGCCAACACGACCACCGAUGCCACCGCCGGUGACGGCCAGGCUCCUUCCUCGACCACCGCGACCGCUCAACCCCACUCCGCCUCUCUCUAUGUCGGCGAGCUAGACCCCUCUGUUACGGAGGCCAUGCUUUUCGAACUUUUCUCCUCGAUUGGUCAAGUCGCUUCCAUCCGUGUAUGCCGCGAUGCGGUUACCAGAAGGUCCCUGGGAUAUGCCUACGUCAAUUACAAUAACACUGCCGAUGGUGAGCGCGCACUGGAGGAUCUAAACUACACUUUGAUCAAGGGCCGUCCUUGCCGUAUCAUGUGGUCUCAGCGUGAUCCUGCUCUCCGCAAAACUGGCCAGGGCAAUGUCUUUAUCAAGAAUUUGGACACCGCGAUUGAUAACAAAGCUCUCCACGACACAUUCGCCGCCUUUGGUAACAUUCUAAGCUGCAAGGUGGCCCAGGAUGAAUUCGGCAAUUCCAAGGGCUAUGGUUUCGUCCACUACGAGACUGCUGAAGCUGCGCAGAAUGCCAUCAAACACGUCAACGGCAUGUUGUUGAACGACAAGAAGGUGUUUGUUGGUCACCACAUCGCCAAAAAAGAUCGUCAAAGCAAGUUCGAGGAAAUGAAGGCAAACUUCACUAAUGUCUAUGUGAAGAAUAUUGACCAGGAUACCACGGACGAAGAGUUCCGGGAGCUCUUUGAAAAGUUUGGCGAAAUUACCUCCGCUACCCUUGCCCGUGACUCCGAAUCGGGCAAGAGCCGAGGCUUUGGAUUUGUCAACUUCACCAGUCACGAAAGCGCCGCCGCUGCUGUUGAUAACCUGAAUGAAAAGGAUUUCAAGAGCCAAAAGCUCUAUGUCGGGCGUGCUCAAAAGAAACAUGAGCGCGAGGAGGAACUUCGCAAGCAGUACGAGGCAGCUCGCAUCGAGAAGGCGUCAAAAUACCAGGGAGUCAACCUCUAUAUCAAGAACUUGAGCGACGACAUUGACGACGAAAAAUUACGGGAUCUCUUCAGCGGCUACGGUACUAUCACCUCUGCCAAGGUAAUGCGUGAUAACCUUGCCGCGGAGUCUUCCUCCGAUUCCGAAAAGGAGGCCAAAUCGGAGGGCAAGGAAAACGAACCCCCCGAAGAAUCCAAGGAUGAAGCCGCUGAGAAGGCUGAAACUAAGGAUACCAAGGAAGCCAAAACGGAAUCAAAGAAAGCUGAUAAGAAGCUUCUUGGAAAGAGUAAAGGCUUUGGAUUUGUCUGCUUCAGUAGCCCCGAUGAAGCCUCGAAGGCUGUCACGGAGAUGAAUCAGCGUAUGGUGAACGGCAAGCCUUUAUACGUCGCUCUAGCCCAACGCAAAGAUGUUCGAAGAAGUCAACUUGAGGCAAGCAUCCAAGCUCGCAACACGAUUAGACAACAGCAGGCAGCCGCCGCUGCUGGCAUGCCACAACCAUUCAUGCAGCCUCCAGUGUUCUAUGGCCCUGGCCAACAAAACUUCCUUCCAAAUCAACGCGGCGGUAUGCCAUUCCAGCAGCCCGGCAUGGUUAUUCCACAGAUGCCUGGUGGCCGGCAUGGCCAAUUCAGCGGAUUCCCUGGCCAGCAAGGUGGCCGUGGAAUGAACCCCAACCAGCAAAUUCCUCCCAAUGCAUAUGGCCUUGGUGCUCAGGGUCUGCCAAUUAGUAUGCAAGGCGGAAUGCCCAACGGCCUUAACUAUCCCCAGAUGGCCCAAGUGCAAGCUCCAUUUGGUAGAGGACGUGGCCAGGUUCCUGCCGUGCAGGGAAUGCCACCAAACGUUCAAGGAAUGGGACCCAAUGCUCAAUUUGGACGCGGAAUGCCAAUGCAACAAGGUAUGGGACGUCCAGGACAAGCCGGCCGUGGACAAGGACCAGCCCAAGCCGCAGGUCAACGCGACGAAACCUCUAGUCCAAGUGGCCUCACCCUCCAGAUGUUGAAUGCCGCACCACCCGCACAACAGAAACAGAUGCUUGGUGAAGCGAUUUACCCAAAGAUUCAUGCCCAUCAGCCUGAACUCGCUGGUAAGAUCACGGGUAUGCUCCUAGAGAUGGAUAACGCCGAAUUACUUGCCUUGGUCGAUGAUGAUACCGCCCUCAAGGCCAAGGUUGACGAAGCCCUCACAGUAUAUGAUGAAUAUGUAAAGAACAAGGGUAGUGAAAGUGGCGACGCUGCACCUGAUGUCAGCAAAUCGAAGGAUGCUGGUCAAGAAGCUACGGAGGAAACGAAGUCUUAG